UUCCUUCCCUGCUACAGUCAGUAAAGUUGCUGUGUGCAGAUGCAGGAUUUCUUGUCACACUCCAUGUCAGGUUUUGUGACAUGUCACAAGGGGAGUGUCUGCCUGUAGAUGGGGAGCAGAGGCAAAGAGGAGAACUGCAGCUGUGUGGAGUGGAGCUGGUGCUGAUGUGGCUGCUGUGAUGCUGCUCCUCAAUCCUGGCCAGGCAGAUGGCAAUAGCAGGGCUGCACUUCUCAUCUCCUUGCUGGGGCUGUCAGUGACCGGUGUCUGUUCUCUGCUGAAUUGAGCAGCAACUUCCAAGAACAGUCUCUCAUCUCUCAAGGAGAAAGGCAGUGUGGCUGAGAAUGGAUUUCCAGGGUAACCCAGGCAGUAAGAAGAAUCCCACAGAAUAAGCAGGAUGAGGCUGAACACGUUUUGGAAUUCCAUUUCCCAUCUAUAGGAGUGGAUGCUUUCCCCUGUUCUCCAGGAUUGCUACCUUAUCCCUGCAUGCAACUGGCUGAUGAUCCAGAUUCAGACAUUAAGUAUUCAUCUGAUACGAAAGACAAAUAUCACUAUCUGUGCUACGGCAUAUGGAUUUCCGGACGACAUGUGAUGAGGCAAAGACAGGAAUUUGUUUGCUGCAAGAUGGUAGUCAAGAGCCUUUCAAAGUUCGACUCCACUUAGCCAAAGACUUAUUGAUGAUUCAAGAACAGGAUGUUAUUUGUGUGUCUGGUGAACCUUUCUACUCCGGAGAAAGAACUGUAGCAAUACGAAGACAAACUGUAGGGGGAUUUGGACUCAGCAUAAAGGGAGGAUCUGAACAUAAUAUUCCAGUUGUUAUAUCCAAGAUAUCCAAAGAGCAAAGAGCUGAGCUUUCUGGUCUUCUGUUCAUCGGAGAUGCUAUUCUGCAAAUUAAUGGCAUUAAUGUGAGAAAGUGCAAGCAUGAAGAAGUGGUGCAAGUUUUGCGGAAUGCCGGAGAGGAGGUUACAUUAACCGUUUCAUUUUUAAAAAGGGCACCUGCUUUCCUUAAAUUACUAUUGAAUGAAGAUUGUACUUGUGCACCCAGUGACCAAAGCAGUGGCACAUCAUCUCCCUUGUGUGACAGUGGCUUGCAUCUAAACUAUCAUCCAAACAACACGGAUACUUUAUCGUGUUCUUCAUGGCCGGCAUCACCUGGCCUCCGAUGGGAGAAACGGUGGUGUGAUCUACGACUAAUCCCUCUGCUGCAUUCUAGACUAUCACAGCAUAUUACAGGAACAGAUUUAUGCAGGCAGAAUGCAUUUCAAAUCACUGCGGUAGAUGGGGUUUGCAGUGGAAUAAUACAGUGCUUAUCGGCGGAGGACUGCAUAGAGUGGUUACAAUCUAUAUCUACUAAUAUUUCCAAUCUCACAAAGCACAACAUAAAAAAAAUUAACAGGAACUUUCCAGUGAAUCAGCAGAUAAUACACAUGGGCUGGGUUGAGGAACGGGAACAAGAUAAUCUUCAAGAACAUAUGUACACACCAAAGUUUCUGUCCCUUAGAGGACCAUCACUUUAUAAAUUCAAUUCACCACCAGUAACAACAUGGGACUGGAUGCGGGCAGAAAAAAAGUUUACAGUAUAUGAAAUAAUGUUUAAAAUUUUUAAGGACAGUGAACUUCUGGACCGCCGAAAACAGUGCUUUGGUGUUCAGUCAGAAUCUGGCGAAGACCUAUACUUUUCUGCAGAGCUGGAGAAUGAACUUAUACAUUGGGAGAAAGCCUUCCAGACAGCAACUUUUCUAGAAGUUGAAAGGAUCCAGUGCAAAACAUAUGCAUGUGUAAUUGAAAGCCAUCUAAUGGGCCUCACCAUUGACUUUGGCAUGGGAUUCAUCUGCUUUGAUGCUGCAACAAAGGCUAUACUAUGGAGGUAUAAGUUUUCUCAGCUGAAAGGAUCUUCGGAUGAUGGAAAAAGUAAAAUAAAGUUUUUGUUCCAGAAUCAAGAUACAAAACAAAUUGAAGCUAAGGAACUGGAGUUUUCUAAUCUAUUUGCGGUUCUUCACUGUAUCCAUUCAUUUUUUGCCACUAAAGUGGCUUGUUUGGACCCUCUUUUUGUUGACAGCCAGGGGGCUGCUUCUGCCUCUGCAUCAGCUGCUUCCACCACAGCAGGUGUUUGUAAAAUGAAGUAUUCAACUUGAUACGUCCUAAAGAAAUGUACUUAUCUUCUGAGGAUGCUCAAACUGUGAAUGAAUAUUUAUUGAAUGCAGGAAAGCCUGACAUUUUGGAACUGGGAUACAGAGACAAAUUAAAUGGUUACUGAUUUAUUUUUUUAAGCAGAAGAAGUGUUAAGGGUCCAUAUAAUCUGCUGUACAGUCCCCAAUAUAUCACAUCGAAGCAUUUGCUGAAACAAAGAGGACAUUCAAAACAAUAGCACUGGCAACAAUGACUCUUUUUUAUUUCAAAAGUUUUAACAUUUGUGUUCACAAAAAACCAUGAAAACAUGAAAUCAGCACUUAUUUCCUGAAGCUUCAAAAAGUGCCAUAACGGAAAUAUGUCCGGGAUGGGGGGAGUGUGAUUUAUGUUCUUAACAAAAUAUGAAGAAACAAUGUUCAACCAACUAUAAUGGUAACUGUCUAAAAGACUUUUGGACAAAAUGUCACCAUUGAAAUCUAGGCAGUGGCACCUAUGUAAUUUUCCCUUUGGUUUGCUUUUGUGGAAAUUUGCACAUAAAAUCAUAUCAAAUGAUGCCAUGUUUUUAGGGUCAGGAUAACAGCUUUCUGUAAGUACCGAAUCUGACCUCAUUACAGUUAAUGCCAUGCAUUAUGUUGCAGCAUUUAUUCUUUUUGCACUCCUUUUUACUUCAAUGGUACUUGAGACUUAAAAGCCAUACAAGCAUUAAAUAAAGUGCAGAAUGUUCAAUUGGUUUACACAAAAAUGGAACAUAUGUUCAGUGAUUCUCAAAUGAAGUACUUAUUUACUUGGUAAGCUGCUUACAAAACCCUUCAUAAUUGAACUUGCAUGGAUUAACCAAAGGAUGAGUAAUACUGAUUGAUCCAUGCAUGUUCUUUUGAAAUCCUGCAUUCUAAACAAAUUCUCAAUUUUUAUUUAUUGUUUUGCCUUUAUUGUUUGUUCAAACAUAGAAGCCUAGUGGUUUACCUUUAUGCAGCUUAAUCCCCUAAAAUAUACACAGGUAAUCUUUUGGAGAGACUUGGUAUGGAUGACAAAAAGUAUUUUAUAUUAUUACUAUUAUUAGCUUCUAGAUAUUAAAAACAAAUCUGGCCCCCAAGGAUGCUAAGAUGUAGAUUUGACAAAGUAUACAGUGUCAGCACAAUUGUUCAUGAGCAUCUGUCCAUAAUUUACAAGUUUUCAGUGAUAUAUACUACAUACGGUUAUACUUAACCUUUGUUAAGAGAUGUAAGUAUGUCAGUUGACUAUAAUAAUCUUGAAGAAGAACUAAAAGUUUUAACUUAAGUCAUUUAAAAAAAAAUGUAAAUGACCUUCCUUUACAGUACUACCACCAUGGAGAAAUAGGUUUAUCCUAAGGCUAGGUUCAUACAUGCUUUUUCAGAUGUCUGUCAUUUGUAAAAAUGCCCCCUGGUGACUACACGCCCCGUCCUUUCAAUGCAAGUCUAUGGGAGAGGGUGUGGCAGCCGUCAUGCCUACUCCCAUAGACUUGCAUUGAAGGGGCAGGGCAUGAUGUCACAAGGGGCUGGGGCCAUAAUGUCAUGAUAAUCUGGCCCCUGUGUGGCCCAUCAUCAGGCAUGGAGCGAAGUACGCUCUGUGCAGCAGAUGACCCGGGGUGCUGCAGGAGAAAUUGUGGGGUUCCCAUCGGUGGGCCCCCACGAUCGGGGAUAAGAUUUCUAGGAGCGGAGUACCCCUUUAUUGUUCCCUAUGUUUGUGUAAGUCUUUUGGAAAAUGGUUGACGGUGCACAUAAUACGUAUGUCACUUAUUUACGCGGCUGUAAAAAAUGAAAUUUUUCCAUAUUUUAAGUCGCAUUUUUCCAUAUUGUAUGCACAACUGUCACGAUGCCGGCUGGCAGGUAGUGGACCCUCUGUGCCAGAGAGGGAUUGGCGUGGACCGUGCUAGUG